CUUGUAUUAUUUUUAUUGCCGGACGCGCGGCCGGUGAGCCAAUGAGGGAAGGCUUCGUGUCCCGCCAGUUCCCGUUAGGCAAUCCGCGCUGUUGUCCGCCCGGCAAAAGGCAGCGGCGGCAGCGGCAGCGGAGCAACUGGCACUCCUCGCAUUCCAGGCGAGCUUCCCGUCGCCGUGCCUCGAAUCCUGACGUCCCGUCUUGUUUUGCCUGCUUAAAGAUUCCGGACCAGCGUCGCAGAUAGUGCAUCUCUUCACUGACAUCGCCUCGAGCAAAGCGCCAAGAUGAACUGGACCAGCGUGGCACUUCUGGGAGCUGCGUUCUGCGUGGCGUUUCUCGCCGACCUGUUGGAGGCCCGAGCAGGAAAGGACUACUACGAGCUGCUCGGGGUGGGCAGGUCGGCCACGGACCGGGAGAUCAAGAAGGCCUUCCGCAAACUGGCCAUGAAGUACCACCCAGACAAGAACAAGGAAAAGGGCGCUGAGGAGAAGUUCAAGGAGAUCGCCCAAGCCUACGAAGUGCUGAGCGACAAGGAGAAACGCGAGAAGUACGACGCCUACGGACACGAGGCCUUCUCUCAGGGGACCGGAGGCCAGGGCCCGCACUUCCAGGACUUCAACAUGCACGACUUCUUCCGCCACUUCGACGACGCAUUUGCGUCUCACCAGCACCACGGCCACCACCAGAGGGGUCAUUUCGGAGGCCACCCCCACGGCCAGCAUGGAGGAGCGCCCCCCCACCACCGGCAGGGCGGCCCCGGAGGAUUCCGGUUCAACUUCGGGGACGGCUUCCUCAACAUGGACGACCUGUUCUCGGACUUCGGGCCGGACGAGAUGGAAUCUGGGAGGGGCAGCCGCUUUGACGGCGGCCGCUUCGACGGCGGCAUGAACGACAUGUUCGGCAACGGAGACUCCUUCUUCCGCAGCUCCCACUUCAGCUCGCAGCAGCGCAAAUCCGGUCAAGGUCACUGCAAAACAGUCACACAGAGGGUUGGCAACAUGGUGACAACAUACACGCAGUGCUCGUAAUGCGUGCAAGGCGCAUGGUGACCCCCAAGGUCGACCAUUGGAAUGCAGUCCCGGCUCGGGAAGUGCCACCUCAGUUGCUCGAAGACUUUGCCCAUGAUCCCUCUUCAGAGGUGCUCCAGAUGGGAAGAGGUCUUUCUGGUGCUGGCUGGCGAUGGAAGAAAAAGGAAAAGAGAAGCAAGCCUCGUGUGCAUUUUUGGAAGAACACUACACCUUCCCUUUUUGCACCUCUGCACGGCGUGUGGCUUUGUUAGUAAAACGAGGCUGUAGAUGGUUGUGAUGUCGGCAGCAAGUCGCUUGUAAAGAUGCAGUGUAAGAUACUCAUUGUCCAUAGCUUGUUGCGCAAAGAUGCCCCAUCUGUCGGUGACCAAGUGGUAAACGGGUUUUAAAGUAACUGUUCAGUAACUGUCCAAUUUUUUUUUUUUUUUGUUACUGUUAAAAAUAUUUUUAUUUGCUUUGUGCUUAAGUGUCUUGAACACAUUAGCGGAGCCGACAUUUGUGCCUUUUCAUGAGCCACUAUAUUUUUGUAUUGGGGUGAAUUGCACGGUUUUGGAACUGUGACUGUAAUUUAUGCUUGUAGUGGCCUUUUUUUCUUUUUCGAAUUUUAAGGUUUGUGGAUGGGUGUACAGUUGUACAAAGUAUUUAUUGCUUGUAGAGUCUGUUUUUAAAGUAGUGUAUGUUUUAAUAAUUUUGUCCAUGCUUGGUUGUAUUGAUCCUGGAAAUUUUGAAAUACUGCAAAGUGUAUAUAAGUACUCGCUUAGUGUACAGAAAAGUAUUUCACUGUAAUAAGAUAAACACAAGAAAAGCCAGUGGUGUGAUUGCCUGAAAUGGCUCUCCUAAUUGAAGAAUUCAGGCAUUGCCAUUUUGCACAUUGCAGCAAUCUUGUGUUCCUAGUUCUGUGGUGAUUAGCUUAGCUUAAUUCAGCCGCAGAAAUGAGUGGCGCCUGCAUUUUGACAGGCUCCUGUAUUUUGUCUAUGCCCAAAGAUAACUUUUACUUUUUAUUUUUCUCUUUUUUUUUUUUUUUUAGCUGUUUUAGUUGCAUACUGGAAAUUCCCCAGUGGUUUAAUUUAUGCCCCAGUCAUUUGCUGAGGUGUAUCUGCAGCGUUCCUUUGAUAAUGUUGACAGAAAGUGCAAAGUUUGAGAGUGCAGUGUUGUAGAAAGUUAAAUUUAAUUCCUAAGUGCAGAAAAAAAUGUGACAAUAAAAUCAAUAUUUUUUUAAAUAAA